UGCGCCCGCGCAUUCGCGAAGGCGAAUUUCGUCCGAAACACUCGUAAAACGCGCGCCGUACGCGCUUACAUCCAAAAUGCUCAAAUUAUCGUGUCUUCCAUUAUGUGUGUGUUUGUUUUUGUGUUUGCAAUCCGUUUUGUGUCAGUUCGGUUUUUUCCACAAACAAGACGAUGACCAACGCCGUAAACCCUUCCACCUUCCAAACGUAUUGGACCCAAAUAGAAUCAGAAAUAGAUUAACUGGCCUACUGCAUUUAAGCCCCGAAGAUAAGGACAGUAACAAAAUGUUUGUAUUUCCAUUCAGAAGACCUGGUAUCACCAAUGAUGAUAAUCAGAGCAACUAUUACCCGAACCAAUAUGGAAAUCAUAGACCAGUGAUGUUUCCAAACGCACCACCAAAUUUUGGGGACCAAUAUAAUUAUGGUCAAAAUUUUAACAUGUACCCUCCAAACAUUGGUCCACAAUAUCCGCCAAAUAACCAAAAUCAACCAGAUUAUCCUCAAGAAGUACCAUAUGAUCCUGUUAAUUUCAAUGAUAAUAAACCUACAGUAUCCGAAAACAACAAUCCAUCGGGAGUUUUUGGGAAACCUGAAUCACCGCAAAGUAUACCAAAUAUUCCACCAAAUGCUAACAUUCCACAAGGUAUACCCAAUGUGCCUCCUAGUUCGGAUGCUUCGCUGGGAAUACCAAUAAAACCACCAAGUACAGAAGCCAUCCAAGGAAUACCAACGAAACCACCAAAUGUAGAAACUACGCCAAAAAUACCAAACAAUCCGCCAACUAAAGAUGUUUCUGAAGUGAAACCAAACGGGCCAAAUUAUGGAGGUCCUCAAGAAGUUUUAACUGUACCACCAACUCCUAAGACAGAACUGCCGAUGCUGACUCCAGUACCUAAAUCUGAAGAAAGAAACAACUUCAACUUUGGAAGUCAUGGAAUAUUCCAAGAAACAUGUCAGACUAUCGAUGACGAGGUGGGAGGAUGUGUGAAUCUGUUCCAAUGUGAUGUAUACCUGAAGGUUGUUCAGGAGGCUGGAUCCAGUCCUGCAGCUGUACAGUUACUAAGAAGAGUGCAUUGUGGAUUUGAAGGAAAUAAUCCUAAGGUCUGCUGUCCACGACCGGGCAUACCUACUGCACCACCGUUACCACCAUCAUCACCACCGCCACAGCCUAUAACUGAAGCACCUACCAUCACAGAAGAGCCCGACAAGCCAUCAGAAGGGAAAUCAGCUUCUGAUGACUUCGUUUCAUCAUUACCACAGCCUCCAGAUUGCGGAAUAAGCAAUGCAUCUUUUAGUAGAGUGAUUGGCGGUGUCGACGCUCAUCUCGGCGACUUCCCCUGGAUGGCGCUCUUGGGAUACAAACCGAAGCGAGGCCCUGGAGCCAGGUGGCUCUGCGGGGGUACCCUGAUCUCCUCCAAACAUGUCCUCACUGCUGCCCACUGCAUACAUUUACACGAAGAUGACUUAUUCCUGGUUCGCUUGGGGGAACUGGACCUGGCGAGAGAAGACGACGGUGCAACUCCUACGGAUGUGCUGAUAAAGAAGGCGAUCAAACACGAAGAAUAUAGCCCCAAAGCGUACACAAACGACAUUGGAAUACUGGUGUUGGAGAAAGACGUGAAAUUUACAGCGUUGAUCAGACCGAUCUGCUUACCAGCCACCGAUGAACUGAGAGCGAGAAACUUCGAGAACUACAACCCUAUAAUCACGGGGUGGGGAGCGACUGAAUUCCGAGGACCAUCAGCAACUCAUCUACAAGCUCUACAAUUGCCUGUAGUCAGUACAGAGUUCUGUGCACAAGCCUACUCCCAAUACAAGGCGCAGAAGAUCGACGAUAGAGUACUCUGUGCCGGCUUCAAAAAUGGCGGGAAAGACGCCUGUCAAGGUGACAGCGGCGGUCCACUUAUGCAGCCAAUUUGGGAUCCAACGGACUACACGACAUACUUCUACCAGAUAGGCGUAGUGUCGUAUGGAAAGAAGUGCGCAGAAGCUGGUUUCCCAGGAGUGUACUCCAGGGUCACGCACUUCAUCCCAUGGCUGACUGAGAAGCUAGUAGGGACCUCGUAGAUACAAGUGAUAAUAUGAUUUAGACUGCUUAAAAA